AUGGCUGCAGCAGGGUCCCAGCAGCUCCAGUUCGUCGAGGGCGCUGCUUUCCCCUCCUUCCCGGCCGCGCACCCCGGAGGGCCGCUGCUCCGGUCUGCGCGCCCCGCCACCGGGUUGGCCCUUGCGCCCCCGGACUCCCGCGCCCCAGCGGUCACGCCGUGCUUUUCAGGACGAAGCCCAGAAGCGCAGACCCCCGCCGGCCUGGAUCCUCCCGCGCCCCCCAAAGGCGCGACCGCCCCGUCCGCGCCUCAGCGCCGCAAGCGCACGUCGUUCAGUUCGGAACAGCUGCAGUUGCUAGAGCUGGUCUUCCGCCAGACUAUGUACCCCGACAUCCACUUGCGGGAGCGCCUGGCCUCGCUCACGCUGCUACCCGAGUCCAGGAUCCAGGUGACUGUGCGUUGGUUUCCUCCUGUCUCCCAGGUGUGGUUCCAGAACAGACGGGCCAAGUCCAGGCGCCAGAGUGGGAAGUGGUUUCAGCCCUUAUCAGCAAGGCGGGAAGCCUGGCUCCAUCGCUCUCCUCCUGGGACUGAAGCAAGAUGUUUGAAGCCCCAGCUGCCUCUGGAGGCAGAUGUGAACUGCCUUCCCGAUCCCAACAGGGCUGGAGGAGGCAUCUGUGCCUCUGGUUCUCAAGGUCAGAGUUUUGACACCUAUCCAACGCUCUCCGAGGACUUCGGCUCAAAGUUGGACUCAUGGGAGGAGCACAUCUUCUCUGCCUUAGGUAAUUUUUGAGGAUUCUGGGAGAGUUCAGGAUGCACUAAGAGGAGUCCGGGGGAUACGAACCAGAACACUACCCCAACCCUGACUGUCCAUGGCCUUGUUGUUGCUGAUGGUUCUCACGGGAAGAUUUCUCCUCUUCGCCACUGAGCCUAUACGGUGGCUUGUUCCCAGUAGCCACCCACCCUUCCGCCCAGGAGUACCUGUGAACCUCUGAGUCUGCACAUUCAACUUGGUCCAUUCCCCCUGGGCUACCCUUGUUUUCCAGACUGAUUGUUCAGAACUUGUUUUCUUCGUGGGAACCCUCAGCUUGACCCAAUGUCCCCUUUUUCUUGGCAGCUGUUGCCUUCUCAUGGUCCCUCCAGGAACUCAUCCUAGAGUCAGUCACUCAUCCUACCUCACAUCUUCAACUCUAACCUUUAUCACCAAGAUUUAUUACUCUACCUUUAUCUUCCGAGUGCUGGGAUCACUAGUGUGUGCCACUGUGACUGGAUGUUGUUAUUUUUGUUUAAAAUUGUAUGAUAUACAACAGAUAUGUCCAAAUCAAGCUGUAUGACACAUGUAUGACCUCACAUAGUCACCUCUUCUUUUUCUGUGAUGACACCAAAUCUAUUAUUUUAGCAAUUUUCAGGUAUAUGGUAUGUUGUUAUUAACUACAGCCAUUACCACAGAUUUCCUCAGCGUAUAUUUCCUAACUGAAACUGUGUCCUAAGCACGUCUCCCCUGCUCCCCACCUGACUGGCUCUUCAUCUGGCUUUGUCCUCCUUACACUCAUCAGCAAAGACACCACAUGCAAGUUCCUCCGGGAACCCCAGUGCGUCUCAUUCCCCAUAUACUCAAAAAAGAAAUGACUCUAUUUGGAAAUCUGUGGUAGCCUUCAGUUAUUAAAUUGUGCUCCCAAUAAAUGACAUCAUCUUUAGCUUA